AUGAAGUUGCUUGUCACCCUGCUCUAUGCUCUCACGCUUUGUGAAGCUUUUGCUCAACCAGACAAAGGCCGGCCACUGUAUAAAGCCGGCGACAUGGACUAUGAUGUUUGUCUUGUGCUGAGCCGUGGUGACAGCACCUCCUAUGUAUCGUGCAUGGCGAUCUGCCUAGCCAGCUUCGGGUUAGUUGGCUUUGAGCUCGGCCAGAUUCAUGGGGAUUUGCAACUAUGGGAGGUCUGCGGACCUGUCUACGGUGCUCAAUGUUUAUGCCAUGGUAACAACACGCUUCCUGAGUACAUUAUUAUGUCUAGGGCACUCCAGGACCAGGGUUUAGCACACCACGAUUGCGUAGAGGCGCUAGUCAAAUGUGCACCAGAAAAGAAGAAAGAGGCAAAGGAUACAAAGGAUGCAAAGGAUGCACAGGAUGCAAAGGAUGCAGGCAAAGAGCGCAACGGCAGAGUGUCCCUAGACCCUUCUGUAGACAAAGAGUCUGGCAAACGUGGAACCGUGUCCACGUGGAAGACGACUCUGGACGGCGAUAAAGGCCAGGAACGUUUCAUCAUGCUGGAUGCUGAGGAAGCAAAUAGCUAUUAUUAA